AUGUCGACAGAGGGCGACCGUUUCAUUCCAAGCCGCAGCUACAUGAAUAUGGACGUCUCAGCGUUCGCAAUUCGUGGUGGUUUCGACAAGAGAGAGUCUACGAAGCUCAUUUCCCCAGGCUCUGAGAAUUAUCGAAAGCGACUUGAAGGCCUGAUGUCGAGAUGUUUAGACGACGGAGAAGGAAACUCGGCAAGGAAGCCAAGAGUACUAUCAUUCAAAGUGAAGACACCUGCUGAGUCAAACAAUGGUAUUGACAGCUCCACCAAAAUGGCCAGAGGCAGUGACGUUUCAGGAUGUCAGCCCCCUCCUCGUGUGAUACCUCAGGUGGCAGAGAAGACGCUGGACGCGCCUGGAGUGGUGAACAACUUCUACCUCCAAUUGAUAGAUUGGAGCAUCUCUAACUUGGUUGCUGUAGCGAUCGGAACCUCAGUGUUUAUUUGGAACGGCAAGAAUGAAUCUAUGGAGCUCAUGACUGUUGAAACGGAGGAUGAAGAGUCUCCCUAUGUGACUGGAGUCUCUUGGGCUCCUGAUGGCGUACACUUGGCGAUAGGGGUCAGCAAUUCCGAAGUCCAAGUCUGGAACGUCUCCAUCCCUAAACAGGUCCGCACCUUCAAGGGACAUUCGGGACCUAUUUGUGCAUUGGACUGGUACAAGACACUCUUAUCAACCGGCGAUAAUGCUGGAACAAUCAUCAACCAUGAUGUUCGCGCCCGGGAGCACAUCGUCUCGCGUCUCAUGGCCCAUCCCGAGGGGGUAUGCGGGCUGAAGUGGGCUCCGUCUGGACGCCAGCUCGCCAGCGGGGGAGACGACAACCUCGUGCACAUCUGGGACACAGCUCUCAUGUCGUCUUCCAUCGCACCAGACGCUGCUGGCCGCCGCGAUGGAGAAGGUCGUCGGAGGACGAACCCAAGCUCUGCUGCUACUAGUGCCACGGGAUCCCAUGUGCCUUUGCUUCAUCGAUUCGCGGAUCACCGCGGAGCGGUUAAGGCUCUUGCGUGGUGUCCUUUCCGAACGCACCUGCUCGCGACGGGAGGCGGUGCGAACGACUGCACCAUCCGGUUUUGGAACACGCAGACCGGCGGGUGCGAGAAACAUGUCGACGCGGAGUCGCAGGUCACGGGCUUGCACUGGAGCAAGAAGGAUCGUGAAAUCGUAAGCGCGCAUGGGUAUCAUGGAGCGAACAAGAACCAGCUGAUCGUUUGGAAGUACCCCUCUCUCGUACCGCUGGCCCGACUUAAAGGGCAUGAAGAGCGUGUGGUGUCAACUGCGCAGGCUCCUGAGGGUGACAUCAUAGCUUCCCUCUCGGCUGAUGAAUCUCUCCGCAUCUGGCGGGCGUUCAAUCCUAAAACUGCUGCUGCUGGGACCGCUAGGACUGGGAGUGGGACGAUCAAGAGGGAAAAUGAGGGAGGGAUGAUAGCAGGAAGUGGGUUUGGGAAAUCUCAGAUUCGCUAG